AUGAUACGGGAAGAAAAAAAUUUGAUUGAAAAAUCAAAAAUCCGUAAAGUUACAACAAAAAGGAUUAGAAAUGGAGCAUGUUUUGAGGUGGAACAGGCUCUUUUAAUAUGGUUCAAUAGAAUUAGAGAGUCUGGUGGUGUUAUAUCGGCUAACAUGUUGAUGGAAAAAGCAAAGCAGUUUGCCAUACAAAUGAAUAAAGAUUUUAAUCCCAGUCGCGGUUGGUUGUGGCGCUGGCAAAAAAGAGAGAAUAUUUUGUUCAAAAAAAUACAGGGCGAAAGUAAUUCAGCAGAUUAUGAAAAUGCCAACAACUACACAGAAACACUCCUACCCAAUUUAAUUUCCAAUUAUGAUGCAGAAAACAUAUUUAAUGCCGAUGAAACGAGCUUGUUUUUCAAGGCAUUACCUACAUCAACUCUCAGUAAAACAAAAGAUCCAGUGAAAGGUUUUAAAUCACUUAAAGAAAGAUUGACAUUACUUUUUAUUUGUAAUUUAACGGGCGAUUAUAAAAAAGUAAUAGCGAUAGGCAAACCCAAAAAUCCUCGCUGCUUUAAAAACAAAAUUCUACCCAUCCAAUACUACUCCCAAAACAAAGCAUGGAUGGUAGGAUCAAUUUGGGAAGAUAUUUUAACAUCUUUAGAGGAGGAGAUGGAAAAAAAUAAUAGAAAAAUUAUUUUAUUCGUAGAUAAUGCUGGCUGCCACAAAACUUCCAGAAAUUUUAGUAACAUUAACAUACAAUUUUUACCUCUGAAUACAACAUCAAUUACCCAGCCAUUGGAUCAAGGGAUUAUUCGCUGUUUCAAGGUGCAUUACAGGCAAAAUAUCUUGCGAAAGCAAAUUGCUGCAAUUGAAAGAGAGGAGACACUUGCGCAAUUUUCGAAAAAUAUUAAUCUAUUUCACGCGUUGCAUAUGGUUAAAAGAGCUUGGUGGUUGAGUAAAUUUAUUCCCUCUAACGCACCAAUAAUUGAAAAUUCUAAUGAAGAUUGUGAAAAUUUUAAUGAAGACUGUUUGAUGACUGAUUUUGAUUUUGGUGGAUUAAUGGAACGAAAUGAAUUUGAUGGCUAUGUAGCAAUCGAUGAAGAAAUUGAAUGUUAUGGUCAGCCUAACGACCAGGAAAUAAUUCAAGAAGUUUCUUCCAUUGGUCUUGAUGAAGACCUUGAAACAACAAGCGAUAAUGAAACUGAGACUUAUGAUGCAAUUCCUACUAUUAAGGACGUCUUAAACGGCAUAAACAUUGUACGGAAAUUUUUUAUCCCACAAAAUAAAUUUAUUGAAAACUUAGAUGAAAUGGAAACCUUUAUUAUUAAGAAUCAUUACAAACAUAACCAAACGAAAAUUACAAAUUUUUUUAAAUAG